UUGCUUGUAUUUUGAUCAGAUCAUGUGAUCACUAAAGUCAAGGAUUUUGAAGUUCCUCUUCUGUCUGGUGCUCAGGUUGUGGAGCAGCUAAGAGCAUUCGAGCAAAAAAGAUUUAGAAAGCCAAGUACUGUGGCCAUGUACUCGAGCAUCUUUGGGGGAAUUACGACAGAUCUUGCGGCCAUGGUGGUUCCCUUGGAUGAUCACAUGGUCCAUAGAGGGCAUGGUGUUUUUGACACUGCUGCCAUAAUGGAUGGAUACCUCUAUGAACUAGAUCAACAUCUCGAUCGUUUCUUACGAUCAGCUGCAAUGGCUAAAAUCAAUCUACCGUUCGAUCGCUCGCAAAUACGAAACAUCCUAAUCCAAACAGUAAGCGCCUCAAAAUGCACAGAAGGGGCUUUAAGGUACUGGCUCUCCGUCGGUCCCGGCGAUUUCUACCUAUCUCCUUCCGGGUGCUUACAAUCCGCUCUAUACGCCGUGGCUUACGAAACUUAUCUACCGGAAUUUACGGGUUCUAAAGUAAUAACAUCAUCGAUCCCCAUGAAAUCACCGAAGUUCGCAGUAAUGAAGAGUGUGAACUACUUACCGAAUGCCCUGUCGAAGAUGGAAGCCGAACAAAAUGGCGCUUUCGUCGGAAUAUGGAUCGACGACGAAGGAUAUGUCGCCGAAGGUCCGAAUAUGAAUGUCGCAUUUGUGACGGAAGAGAGAGAGUUGUUGAUGCCUGAGUUUGAUAAGAUUCUGAGUGGAUGCACUGCGAGGAGAGUGAUAGUUCUUGCAGAGAAGCUUGUGAGAGAGGGGAAGAUCAGAGGAGUUAGGGUUCAGAAAGUUAGGGUUAGGGAAGGGAAGAUGGCGAAUGAAAUGAUGCUUAUUGGAAGUGGAAUUCUUGUGAAGCCGGUUCUUCAAUGGGAUGAUCAGAUCAUUGGUGAUGCCUUUGAGCUCUCAGGGAAGGAAGGUCCUGUCACUGAAGCUAUUUUCAGACUCAUUGUGGAGGAUAUGAGGAGUGGUCCACCUUCUGUUCGAGUUCCCGUUCCUUACCACUGAACCAUUAUGGCCUUUUAUUUAAAUAUUGGCAGUCAUUAGAAGCUUCUUCGUGUAUCAUAACAGCCUCGUGGUUUUAAAAGUCGUCGUUCAACCGGCUCAACUGUGAACCAGUUAUUCGAGCGGUUCGAUUCAAGCUUAAAACCGUUUCUGUAUAGUACUGAGAUUGAACUCGUGAGAACCGGGAUUGAAGUGGUGAACCGGUCCUGUUUCUAAGAAAUCGAAAUCGUUCGGUUCAAAUAUUAUUGAAUUGUAUUAUUUUGAUUUUGAUUUGAA